GCGCCCACGACCUCCCCCACCGCAUCCGGCGGGGAGCCCAGCGUCUGCGAAGCGGCUGUGGCCCACCACGGCAAGGCCUGGGACUUCGCUGGGCCCUGCUCCGCGUGCCUGGCUGGGAACAACGUCUGCUACGACGACCCUGAGCAUGAUUCUCAGAGCCUCUGCUUGCAGUGGCCCAAGAACGUGUGGUGCGGAGCAGCGUCGCUCGUGGAGUCUCGCCGCAGCAGGCGCCGGCCGCACGCCUUCCUGGGCACGGCGCUGCUCCAGACCGUGUGCCCUCUGUCGCGCGCUUCUCCCAGCGAGGUGCUCGGGGCCUGA